AUGUAGCACACAGAGGAUUCUCACACCAAGGGACAAAUGCUUUUGCAAACUCUGCAUAACAUUUACGCAGAGAGAAGAUGGGUGUGACCAAGGAGCAAGUCGAAGCUUCUUUGACUUCCAAACUCAAUCCUGUUCAUCUUGAAGUCAUUGACACAUCUGGAGGCUGCGGCUCGAGUUUUGCUGUUGAGAUAGUCUCGGAAGAGUUUGAAGGGAAGAGAUUGCUAGAGAGGCACCGCAUGGUGAACGCUGCUCUUGAAGAAGAGAUGAAAGAGAUCCAUGCUCUCUCUAUAAAGAAAGCUCAGGCUCCACAGCAAUGGAAUCCAACUCCAGAAGACUCUUCAACAACAGCAACAAAUCCAACCACAGAUGCUUGACAUAAAAAAAACAACAACAAACCUUAUCUUACAAAGAUAAAAAGCUAUUGACUUUAACCUUAUGCCAAGGUAACUAAAGAAGCUUGUACUUAAUAUAAAAAGCAUCUACUGCUGAAUAAGUUAUGAAUUCGAAUACAAUACUGGUUUGCUUAUUGUCUACAUAAAACCACCAAACAAAAUCGAAUAUAUUUACUUGUCAGACUUCA